AUGGAGCAGUCACAGUGUGGCAGCAGAGACCGCAGCGGCAGCGGCCGACCCCACCUGGCCCCGGGGCUGGUGGCGGCCGCCCCUCCGCCCCCGUCUCCGGCGUUGCCAGUGCCCCCGGGGAUACCGGUUCCUCCAACUUUCCUGCGGCCGCCCAGCCUCUUUCUGCGGGCAGCCGCAGCCGCCGCGGGAAGCGGGGGCUGCGCGCCGGCUCCCGGACUGGAGAGAGGGGUGGGCGCCGUGGGCUGCGGCUAUCCGCGGACACCCAAGUGCGCCCGUUGUCGCAACCACGGCGUCGUGUCGGCACUCAAGGGCCACAAACGCUUCUGCCGCUGGCGGGACUGCGCGUGUGCCAAGUGCACCCUGAUAGCCGAGCGCCAGCGCGUCAUGGCCGCCCAGGUGGCGCUGCGCCGGCAGCAGGCCCAGGAGGAGAGCGAGGCCCGGGGGCUGCAGAGGUUCCUGUACCCGGGGCCCUGCGGGCCCGGGGGUCGGACACCCGGAGGCGGCAGCCGAACGGAGAAUUCCCAGGCCUCGAGCGGCCGUGUGGCGGUGACGACGCUGGGACUGGGUGCCCUGAGACACACUGAUCUGGCGACCCCUGCUUUCCAAGUUGUCCAGCCAGAUGAUAUGGAGGAAAACCAAGAACUAAAAGAGAGUAAAUAUGAAUCAUGCCAGAGUGGACAAGAAGAGCCAGUCUCCAAAUCCCAUCAACGUACUCUGGGAUCCUCUCCUAAGCCUAAUGGUGUCAUUGGAAAACAAAACAUCAGGCCGUCUAUUUCAGAAAACUCAACCAAGGAUGAUAGCAUUCAGCCUCCUCACCCUGGGGAGUUAUCAGGAGGGGAAGAGAGUCCCAGGUCCCUGUCAUCAUCUGAUUUGGAAUCAGGAAAUGAAAGUGAGUGGGCCAAAGACUUCACUGCUACCAGAGCCAGCCUUCCCACACUGUCCUCAAGACCAAGAGACCCUCUUGAUAUCCUUACCAGGAUUUUCCCAAGUUAUAGGCGUAGCCGACUAGAAGGCAUUCUGCAGUUCUGCAAAGGGGAUGUGGUCCAAGCCAUUGAACAGGUCCUAAAUGGGAAGGAGCACAGACCAGACACCAGGGACCUAGCAAGCUCAGGAGAAUUGGCAAAUACAGCUUUUCAGAGAGCUUCAAAUUUUAGUUUAGGUGGAAUUGGUUUUGGAACUCUAGGGAAUAAAUCAGCUUUUUCUCCUCUUCAGACUACGUCUGCCUCUUAUGGAGGUGAUUCACAUCUCUACAGCUUAAACCCCAGACUAGGUAUCAAUCCGUUACGGCUGGCAUAUUCCUCUCCAGGAAGAGGGCUAUCUGGUUUUAUGUCUCCUUACCUAACUCCGGGGUUGGUACCAGCACUGCCUUUUCGGCCAGCUUUGGAUUAUGCAUUUUCAGGAAUGAUUAGGGAUUCUUCCUACCUUCCUAGCAAAGACUCCAUAACUGGUGGCAGAUUGUAUUCCAGGCCAAAUCAGGACAAUCUGUAAUAUUUCUGCCUAUUCUCCCUUUCUGGAACAUUUCUAGAAGCAUGCAACACAACCCUCACAUCCACAGCUAUUAAUGUGUACAUUAUGUAUGUGAGUGGAUGACUAGGCCUUAUAUUUCUUUUUACAACCAAUAUGAUAGAUUUGAGAUCUAAAGACUUUUCUUUAGCAUUUAUUAAGUGAAAGAAGCAUUUAAACAUUAUACGUGCCUUGAAUAAAGCCAUUUCAGGAAAUAUUUUUACUUUAAUGAAUUUUCUCCCUAAAAUAUCAGUUGUAAGAAUUCCUGUUUUAAAACUAUACUUGUUUUUAUUUUAUUGAAAAAUGGAGUUUAUAGUUGUAAAAUGUUUAUAAGGGUUAAAGUAACCCGGUAUAUAAAAUGAACUAACAGGAAGAAUUGAAAAGUUGAGGUAAUUCCAAAUAACUAUUACUUUGAACUUUUUCUUCCCUUCUGUUCCUUGUACACAGGAGAGAAAAAACUUAUUUAAAGUAUUUUAAAGAAUUUUAUUCACAUUUAAGUGGUUAGUAAUAAGUAAAACUUUUGAGAAAUUUAAAUUCCUUAUUUUUUUUCUGUAUGUUUUAUUUUCAUUCAUUUGUGCCAUUUGUGAUAACAAGCGCCAUUAAUAAAACAUUUCUCUUUAAAGCGAACUUUGCAAAUCACACAAAGCCUGUGAACUAAAUUUUAGGAAAUGCGACUGCACCAUCUCCUGGCCACUAUCAC